UCCGUCAGUCUCUAUGACAACCAACUAGAGAUGUGCUGUAUGUUUUUCGCACGCCCAGGAUGUGUCACAGGAACUUGAUUAGCUAGACGAACAGAUGUGCCCAGCGGGUUACUGCCACGGGGACACUGUUUUAUUGACCUAAUUUUAUGACUGAAUAAUUUCCCCGCUCAUAAUAUUUAUCCUGAGACUACGCUCGAGACACAUGAAAUGCCCGUACCCUGACCAACGUCUUAACGUACAUACGAAGUUGGCAUUGCCAACUGGAACUGGCUAGACGACGUAAUCAAACAACCCUUCACUACCAUGACAAAAGUCCGGUGAUGUGGGUUGAGCGAGAUUUGUGCGCGUCUGUCUAAGGGCGGGUGACAACGGCGUUAGAGCACGCGGCCAGGAGCGGUUCUUCUCUGGGUGGAGACACCAGGAUGUAGGGCAGGAGCACCAGCCAGCCAGUGAUCGGGAGUUCCCUUCUCAUGGAGGCGGUUAACGGACCGACGAGAACACAGACCCUGAAGUCUCUGAGAAUGAAGAUGGUUGCGUUACCGUCAGGUCUUAUCUAAAGUCCCCCGAGACAACAGAGGUUCAUACCGUUCAGACCGCGGUGGGAAGAGAGGUCCAGAUCACCUCAGAUACUCCUGUCCUCCCUUCCCUUCUCUCCUGUAGAUUAAAGGAAAGGUUAAGGGUUGCAUGUUUGCUCCCUGUUCUGUGUAUUGAGUCUUGUUGGGAGAGCGUUGGGUGUAUGUAUGUACAGCUUGUGUGUGUAGUACAGUAUAAUGAGCGCAGCCACAGCGGAGCAACAAAGGCCAACUCUGGCACAGACCCCUGAGGGAAGAGAGGGGUGGAGGGAGGAGAGAGAUGGGAGAGAGGGGUGGAGGGAGGAGAGAGAGGGAAGAGAGGGGUGGAGGGACGGCAGGGGCAGCAGUGUGGUGCAGAGCUACAGCUUCGACUCGUACCAGCUGGAGGAGGAAGAAGGGAACAAGGACGCUCCGGAGAGAGGGGUGCUGGCCCUGUCUGAACCAGCCUUUGAAGAGCCAGUCCCUGACGACCGUUACCAUGGCAUCUACUUUGCGAUGCUAUUGGCCGGUGUGGGUUUCCUACUUCCGUACAACAGUUUCAUCACUGACGUGGAUUACCUUCAUCACAAGUUCAAAGGUACCUCCAUAGUAUUUGACAUGAAUCUGGUGUACAUCAUUGUGGCCCUGGCUUCAGCUAUACUCAACAACAUCCUGAUGGAGAGACUCAGUCUACACACUCGGAUCACUGUGGGCUACCUGUUCGCUUUGGGACCACUGGUGUUUGUCGCCGUGUUCGAUGUGUGGCUGGAAUGCUUCACCAACAGACAGGCUUACAUCCUCAACCUCGUCUCUGUUGGAGUGGUGGCCUUUGGCUGCACAGUGCAGCAGUCCAGUUUCUAUGGUUACAUGGGGAUGCUGCCCAAGAGAUACACACAGGGGGUGAUGACAGGAGAAAGUACAGCUGGGGUGAUCAUCUCUCUGAGUCGUAUCUUCACAAAGCUGCUGAUCAGUCAUGAGAGGAUCAACACGCUCAUCUUCUUCCUGGUUUCCAUUUCCAUGGAGAUGCUCUGCUUCCUGCUCCACCUCAUUGUCCGACGCUCACCGUUUGUCCGCUACUACACGGGCCACGCCCACCGAGGUCACAGCCAGGGGAAAGUUCAAGACCAAGAAUCAGCGGUCACUGGGACAGGCUACAGGGUCCAUCAUGACGUCAUCACAGAGGAAGUAAGAUUUGGAAAUGGAGCAGUAAACACAACGUCGCCAUCAGAUGAUGUCACAGAUGAGUUCUCUGGAGGAACAUAUGUUCGGUUUGGAGUCCCUAAAGAUAAGAUCCGGAGAAGCUGGCCUAGACUACAAGACAUGUUUCUCCACAGGUACGUGGUUACCAGGGUGAUCUGGGCGUACAUGCUGUCUAUAGCAGUGACCUAUAGCAUUACUCUGUGCCUGUUUCCUGGUCUGGUGUCAGAGAUCCGAAACCCCACCCUGGGGGAGUGGCUACCCAUACUGAUCAUGGCCACGUUCAACAUGGCUGACUUUGUGGGCAAGAUCCUGGCAGCAUUGCCCUAUGAGUGGUCGGGGGGCUCCCUGCUCCUGUUCUCAUGUCUGCGCGUGGUCUUCAUCCCCCUGCUGGUCAUGUGUGUGUACCCGUCCUCUGCCCCCACCCUGCCCCACCCCGCCUGGCCCUGCAUCUUCUCCCUCCUCAUGGGAGUCACCAGUGGCUACUUUGGCUCGGUCCCCAUGAUACAGGCUGCUGGGAGAGUCCCUCCAGAGCAGAGGGAGUUAGCAGGCAACACCAUGACAGUAUCGUACAUGUCAGGCUUGAUGUUGGGAUCAGCAGUGGCCUACGCUGCCUACAGCUUUACUGUCCCAGACACACACACGCUCACCAACGUCACCACCGGCUACUGAACACACACGCUCACCAACGUCACCACCGGCUACAGAACACACACGCUCACCAACGUCACCACCGGCUACUGAACACACACGCUCACCAACGUCACCACCGGCUACUGAACACACACGCUCACCAACGUCACCACCGGCUACUGAACACACACGCUCACCAACGUCACCACCGGCUACUGAACACACACGCUCACCAACGUCACCACCGGCUACUGAACACACACGCUCACCAACGUCACCACCGGCUACUGAACACACACGCUCACCAACGUCACCACCGGCUACUGAACACACACGCUCACCAACGUCACCACCGGGUACUGAACACACUCGCUCACCAGCGUCACCACCGGCUACUGAACACACUCGCUCACCAGCGUCACCACCGGCUACUGAACACACGCUCACCAAUGUCACCACCGGCUACUGAACACACUCGCUCACCAGCGUCACCACCGGCUACUGAACACACUCGCUCACCAGCGUCACCACCGGCUACUGAACACACACGCUCACCAGCGUCACCACCGGCUACUGAACACACACGCUCACCAGCGUCACCACCGGCUACUGAACACACUCGCUCACCAGCGUCACCACCGGCUACUGAACACACUCGCUCACCAACAUCACCACCGGCUACUGAACACACGCUCACCAACGUCACCACCGGCUACUGAACACACACGCUCACCAACGUCACCACCGGCUACUGAACACACUCGCUCACCAGCGUCACCACCGGCUACUGAACACACACGCUCACCAACGUCACCACCGGCUACUGAACGCACACACUCGCCAAUGUUGCUACCGACUACUAAACACACACACACUCACCAACCAUGACACCGACAGCUACUGAACACACCCACAGCCUCUCCAUAAAAGCCUGCAGGACUCCAUUGAAGGUGCCCUAAGAGCUCUACUGAACUCCACCCUGGAACCUCUAACUUGUGACCCCUGACCCCUACCUAGCCAGGCCCACUCCCAGCCGUAUGGGUAAAUACGGUCCAGUAUAAACCAGACACACAGCGUUAACCAAAGCCCAAGGCCUGAAUCUCCUCCCUGACGGAAUCUAACAGUGAAGACCGGACAGAACCUGACAGAACUGGUGUCAGCGUCCCAAUUUGACUGGCCCACGAAGGUUCUAUCCCCAGAAUAUAGAAAUGUUCUGAAUGCUGAUUAGUUUAAUCCUUCCACAUGUUCCGCUUUGUAGUUUCUACAACUAGCUGGUGUGUGCGUGAGCGUGGGAUAACGAAAGACCAGGUAAGUUGCUGAAACAUCUGAACCUAGCAUUAUGAUGCUAAUAUGUGGCUAACUAGUUAGCUGGAUGUUUUACCUAGCUAGAUUCACAGCAUGUAGUUUAACAUCAAACAACUUCAGCUAGCUACAUUCACAGCUAUCUUAGUUCACCAGUGCCAGUUGAGCUUGAGAGCAGUCUGGAUCAAAAUGGAACCGUACAACAUAUCAAGAUUAAACAAACUAAAUGAUUGACUAAAAUGGGUCGCUGUCAGUUGAGUUACUUUUGCUAGGUUUUGCUAAGAUCGCUAGCUACCGAAUUAGAUAUUGCUAGGUUCAGACGUCUCAGUGCCUGGCCCGAUCUGUCUCCCUUCUCCCCGGAACUCCACGUGCGCUCCUGUUUGUGGUAGCCACAGUAACUACGGGCGGGAAUGCGUGGAUAGGGAGUGAAUCAGCAGUCUUGCGUGUGACGCAGAUCGUGGGGACAUAACUCCGUAGGUCAGUCAUAUCACCGUACCUCAACAGCGCCAAACCUCGAUAUAUCUCUGUCAUCAGGACUGUAAAUACCAGUUGUGAAUGUGAAAAAACAUUAUUAUAAAUAUGUAGAUCCGAAAACCGUAAAUAAAAUAAGAAUGUGUAAAUAUAUACCGUACAUGGUUCUAUCUAGGCAUGGUUCCUAGUCCAGGAUUCUGGCCUCGGAAAGCUGUAAAUUCAUUGGAGCUUGUUGUUACGUCGUCUUAUAUGCCAGUGACCCAUUUUGCUGUACAGUAAUGUGGACACCAGAACCAACUGUUAAGACAGUUUGGCCCGGUUUUACAACGGCCGCUGGGUUAGAGCUUCUACUAUCCAACCAUUGGAGAUGUAACAACACAACACUUUAUAUUUAGGUACAGCAGAUUCAAAAUGCAUUUUAUUUUUCCAACAUUUUCUGAUACCCCGAUUUAUGAAUAAGGCCCUGCUUUAUCAAAGCAACACCCUGUGGUCUCUGGACUGUCGAGGACAGGAACCCAGGCCCUGCAGUAACACAGUAAUCUAUGACCUUACUACCAUGGUAUUCUGGGACCUUGUACUGUGGAGAGAAUCUUACAUAAGCAGAACAGGAGCUUGAGACAUAGAACAUUUAAGGAGCUGGUACUCCUGGUGACCUCUGACCCAGGUUCAGACACGGGUCGGUCACUGUAAAUGCAUCAGUCAAUAGUUCUGUUAUCAACACUGGUUCAUUCAGUUCUGUUGCCAUCACUUCUGCUUCAUUCACGCAGUGUAUGGUACAUACUGGUAUACUCUGAGGCAUCGUCUGCAGUUUAUAUUCUAACUGUUUCCCUGCUUUAUCCAUAAGGCCAUAAUGUUUCUGUACUGGGCACACACACACACUGUACUGCACACUCACAAACCACACUCUACACACUAUACAUGCAUACAGUACUGUGCAAAAGUCUUAGGCACAUGAGAGUCAAAGUAAAGCCAUUUAUUUGGGUAAUAAGUGUUUAUAUGUAAAAAAAAAUAUGCAUAUACAUGUGUAUGUUUGCAAACCUAGUGAGUUUUUAUA